AUGUAUGAUUACACUGAAGAUAAUUCAUUAAAUCCUUACCUAAGACAACGAAUAUAUCAUAUUAGAGAAACUUUAAGAAAUGAAAACGAACUUCCCUUAAUUGAUCAAAUUUUUAAAUAUGAAUUAAAAAAAAAUUUCGAAGAUAUAAAUGAUUUAUUACAUUAUGUUAAUGGAAUUAUUUAUAAAGGUAUCGAUUCAUUUGAAAAAUUAACCUUAUUGUUUACGUAUGAUGACAAAAAUGAUUAUGAUACAACAAAUUUGAAGCAAAAUGAUUUUAUAUACUUAUUAAGGCAGAAAACAAAAUUCCGAGUUAAAUAUAAAGAUGAAAAUUAUAUUGAAUAUUUGAGAACAAAUCCAUUAAUUUUUAUUGAUACUUUAAAUAAUUUAUUGAUUAUACCUGGAAUAAAUUUUGAAUACAGACUUCAUAAUUUUGAUACAAAAAAUAGUAAAUAUUUUCUUAAAAAAUCAGAUACCAAGGUCAAUUCAUUUUAUAACCCUUUUUUUAUUAGAGUAAAAAAUACCAAUUUAAAAAAAACGCAUAAAAUUUAUAGGAGAACAGCAAAAAAUUCUAGCAGUAACAAAGAACAUCAUAUUGAACAUUAUUUUGUUAAACAAAAUUCCAUACCUUUAACCAAAAAAUUAAAAACGGAUGAUUCGACAAACGCCGAUAGUAAUAAUACCACUAUUCCGAUAAAUACUAUAUGUGAAGAAAAUUCAAGCAAAGAAAAAACAUCGAAUACUCAAUAUAAUUAUACCAAUCAUAUAUGUGAAAAACCAACUAAUCAAAAUAUUAGCAUUCAUAGUCAAACAAAAUAUGAACCGAAAAAAGAAAGAAGAAAAAGAAGAAGCCUAAAUACUUCUACCAUAUCAGAUGCUAAUAAUACUGAUCUUGGAAAAAAUAGCAAAAGAAAUAUUAGCAGAUGCCUUAAAAGAAAAGCUAGUCAAUCGAAUAGUACAAAACAGUCCAAAUGUGAAGAAGAUGCGCAACAAGAGGACGAAGAAACGACUAUAGAAGAAGAAAACAAAAAAAUGAAAGAAGUAGAAAAAGAACAAAUGAUGGACAAAGAGAAAGAGAUAGAGAAAGAGAAAAUAAAAGAAGAAUCAAAUUUAAAUGAAAAAAAUGACCAAUAUAACGAAGAUUACGGUGACAAUAUUGAUCAAGAAGAUUAUAGUAGCUUAAAUAAUUAUUCUUCAUCAACUAAUUCUCCAAAAAAUACCAAAAGCACUUAUUUUUUUUAUGAUCUAAUUAAUGAAUAUGAAAUAUAUAUUAACCAUGCCAAAUGUUAUAUAAUAUUUGAUAUAAAAAGUUAUUAUAAAAAUUUAGACAUUAUGAAAAAACUAAAAAAAAAUUUAGAAGAACUAAAAAAACCAAACAAUUUGUUCAAAGAAAUAACACAAAAAAAAACAUUCAAAUCUUCAAGAGAUAAAAUGGAAUUUAUUAAAAGAUUUAAAAAAAUGAUUAUUCCAAAUUUUAGAUUAGAAAAAAUAAGGAAACAAAGAAAUCAUUUAGUUAUAAUUGAACUUAUGUCAAAGAUACAAAAUAGCCUAAUUAUAAAAAGGUUAUAUAAAGAACUACUUGAAAAAGUAAAUAUAGAAGAAUUAAUAAAAAAUAUGGUAGUUCUAUUUGAAAAAUGUGUAUACAAUAUGAAAGAAGAAGAGAUAAAAAAUUUUUAUCUUAGAAUGAUUCAUACUUAUUUUCGUAGUAAAGAUGUAAAAGAAAUAGACUUUAGAAAAUUAAUACAACAAUUUAAAAAGAUUGAAGAAUAUCGAAAAAAUCAAGAAUUUUAUAACUUAUUCCAAAAUGAUCUGAAUUAUUUAGAAAAAAACAAAAGAGAAUGUCAAGAAAUAGAUGAAAAAAUCCACUCGUUAAAAUAUCUAAUUUUAGAAUCCAUAUUAAAAGAAAAACAAUUAGAGCGAUCGGUGAACAGAUUAUUAUUAAAUCAUGAACAAUCCAAAUAUGGAUACUUUUAUAAAAUUGAUCAAAGCGAUGAAAAUAAUUUAGAUACGACAGAAUAUGGAAAAUUAUUAGAAAAUUUCUCAAAGGAACCUGUCAACUUUUAUACAAUUUUAAAUAAAAGAAACCUUGAUAAACACGCAUAUCAUGAUAUAAGAAAUUUUAAUUAUAAAAAAAAAAACAAUGAAGAAGAACAAACAAAACAUGUGGUAAAUACAGCUCUUAUAAAUAAUCAAGCAAAUAAUAAUGAGAACAAAUAUGCUAUAAAUAAAGGUGAACAAAAUAACAUCCCUCUUGAACAAGCGAAACAAGUAAAUAAUAACAAUUAUAAUAAUGUUAAGAUUAAUGGAGGAGAUCCCCAUAUAAAUAAUAAGAACUUAAAUGAAGAAAAACACGCCUCACAACGUAUUGGGAAAAAUGAAAAGGAACACAUAAUAAAAACAAAUGCACAAAAGGAAAAGGAAAAGGAAAAGGAAAAUAAAAUAAGCAACAUAAAAGAAAAACAAACUCCAAAAGAUAAUAACGCCAAUAAAAAUGAUAAUAUAAAUAAAGAAUAUUAUAAAUGUAAAAUUAAACAAAUGAAUAAUGAAAAGAAAAAUGAUGAAGAGAAAGAAAAAAAUGUUGUAUUAAAAAAAAAAAAAAAAUACAACACAUUUAAUUUAUUCCCUAAAAAUAAUAAAAAUGAUUCCAAUGAAUCAUAUGAUAAAAAUUAUUUCAGAAAAGAAGAAAAACUUUUAAGCACCAUAAAUUUGAGAAAACGUUUAGCAGAAAUAGAUAAAAAUCCAUAUUCUAAAAGUGAUGAUAAUAAUAAUAAUAAUGAUAAUGAUAAUAAUAAUAAUAGUAAUAAUAAUAAUAAUAAUGAUAAUGAUAAUAAUAAUAAUAGUAAUAAUAAUAAUAAUGAUAAUAAUGAUAAUAAUGAAUUAUCAGGUGAAGGCCGUUUAUCAUCAACUGGUAUGUACAAAACAGAAGAAUACUUAAAUGAAAUUAAAAAAGAUAUUGUUCGUUGUAUAUGUGAAAAAAAAAAUUAUAAUUUUAUUAAUGAAAAACAAGAAAAAAUAAAUAAUGAAAUAUUUUAUAAAGUUUUCGAACAAUAUCCUUACAGUUUUUUCUCAAAAUCAGUCAAAAAUUAUAAAAUAAUAUUAAAUGAAAACGAAGAAGAAUCAGAGUUAUCAUGGCUAACUAUGCUCAAAAAAAAAAGUCAUAAUAGAUCUAUUUUACCUCCAAGUAGAGAUACCUUUAGAGAUGGUACUCAUUUUUCGAAUUGUCGUGCUACCGAGCACACAUUGAAAUUUUUUUUAUCUCUCUUAACAUUAUUAAGAAAAGGUCCUAUUGAUUUAAAUUUAAAAAAAUAUUUAAAAAAAAAUAUUCAAUUCUUAAACACUGAAUUAUUUAGUAUGAAAUUAAAUUUGGAUAAAAAAAGAGCAAUACUUGAAAAACGAUUAGAUCAUUUUAAUUUCCAAGAAAACUCAGAAUUCUCAUUUUAUAAUCCAUUAAAAAUAAAUAUAAGAAUGAUGAACUUAAUUGGAAGAGGAGGAUUUGCUGAAGUGUGGGAAGUUUUUGAUUCUAUCAAUUUAGAAAUGUAUGCAGCCAAAAUUCAUAAAAUUGAACCAAGUAUGUCCAAUGAAAUAAAAAAUAAAAUUAUUCAAAGAGCAGAAAAUGAAAUAAAUAUACAUAUACAUUGUCAUAGACAUAUAUUUAUUGUUAAAUUAGAAUUCUUUUUUGUAUUUGGUUCAGCAACAAAUUUAUUAGUUGGAAUGGAAUUAUGUGAUAUUGAUCUAGAUAAAUAUAUUAAAUAUCAUGGGCCAAUUAAUGAACUUUUAGCUUUAUGUUGGAUUAAACAAAUAUUAUUAGGCUUAUUAUAUAUGAAAAAUUUACCAACUGGAAAAGUACACCAUUGUGAUUUAAAACCUGCCAACUUAUUAAUCAAGGAUGGAAUUAUAAAAAUAUCCGACUUUGGACUAGCCAAACUAAUUUUACCAGAUACACAUCAAUAUUACAAUGGAGGUGGUACAUUGUAUUAUCAACCACCAGAAUGUUUAAAAAAUAAAAAAAACCUUCUUAUCACAGAUAAAAUUGAUAUCUGGUCAUUGGGAUGCAUUCUUUAUGAAAUGCUCUUUUGUGAAAGACCUUUCCAAUUUAAUUACCUUGAAAAAUGUUCAAAAGAAUUAUUAGUUAACAAAAUGAAAAAUGGAUUAACCUAUCCAAAAAUUAAUCAAAAAAUUUCUAAUGCUACUUUAAGUUACAUACAAUAUUUACUAAAUUUUGACUAUGAAUUACGACCAUCUAUAGAAGAAGCCUUAAGCUAUCCAAUUUUUAACUACUUUAAUAUACCAUAA